AUGCCUGCACAGUCCACAGAACAGUCGUUCCGUGACAAUCUCUCUCAAUUUCGCUGGUCGCGGGGCAAUAAUGACGACUCACAACAAAACACUUCAACAGGCGGCUCCAAUCCCUUCUCUCGAUUUUACAAUGCCAUUGGUAAUGGCUACGUACCAUUGCGCUCCAGCGAAAGGUCCAACGAGGAGGAGGCGUACUUUGCAUUGUCGCGGUGGGAGAGGUUACUGGGUUUUGGGGCGUGCUUGAUUGGAGCUGCAGUGUGCUUCUUCGUAGCGUUCUUGACAGUACCUAUGAUCGUGCUCCGACCGGCCAAGUUCGCCCUCGCCUUCAGUCUGGGGAGUUUGCUGGUGAUGUUUGGAUUCUCGGUCCUCGUCGGACCCAUAAAUCACGUCAAACAUCUCAUCUCGAAAGAACGCCUGCCGUUCUCCGUCACAUACCUUGCAAGUCUUGGACUCACACUAUACUUUUCGCUAGGGGCUCACUCGUAUCUUGGAUCACUUAUUGGUGCUAUUGUUCAAGUUGUUGCUCUCGUCUCGUACGUCGCCGCCUACUUCCCUGGAGGCACGCAGACUCUCCGCUUUGGCGGUCAAAUGGCCCUUCGUGGUGCCGGUAGCCUACUACCCAUCUAG